UUUGAUGGCACAGCUCUGAAUGAAUCAGAUUAUGAAGGCAUAAAGCACCGUUUUACAUUCAGUGUUGGUUCCACUGAAGCAUGUGUCAGUUUGAUAAUUGUGAAUGACAACAUCAAGGAGGAGAUUGAGUCCUUCCAGUUUGCCCUCUCUGCUAGAGACGAUCCCGUAUUGAUUAUUAGAUACUUUGCGGAUGUUUUCAUCCAUGAUGACGAUAGAGUGACUGUUAUUCUGUCACUGGGU